AUGGCUGUGAAGUCAAUUUUGGAGGAUCUUGGGGGCCGUCUGCAGGUGGCUGAGAACAGGCUGGUCGAUCUUAAUGGCGAGAUGGACGCCCUUCGCGCCGAGCUUGCUCAACUCAAGGAGAGCUCAGACAUGCGACUGGACGGUUUGGCUCAAUAUUCCCGGCGAAAUAAUAUCCGCAUCACUGGUGUUCCUGAGGCGAGUGACGAGGAUGUGACAGCGACCACGGUGCAACUACUCAGCGACAAGCUGGGCGUUCCGAUCCAGCCGGCUGACAUCGACAGAUGCCACCGCGUCGGUCGCCUCGCUCAACCGCGUGACAACCAAGAGCCGAGACCUCGGCAGAUUCUCGUCAAGUUUAUCAGUUAUCAAAAGCGAAGUUCUAUAAUAUCGAAUAGGCGUCAGUUGAGUGGUACCGGUUUCUCAGUGCAAGAAGAUCUCACGCGUAAGCGUCACUUGUUUUUCCGGGAAAUGUGUGGAAGAGUGGGUUUCAAGAACGUCUGGAGUCGUGAUGGGCGUGUUUUUUGGAGAGACAACAACAGAGUCUUCUCUGAGUUCUCUAAUGGCCCUAAUAAUAAUGCGAAUUCGGAUCAGCUCGGUGAUAGUCAUAUGUAAGGUACCGUACGUAGUUUCAUUGCCUACCAAGCACUGAUAAUUAUUACUUGACAGGAAAAUUUCCUGAUCUCUGGAAAUGCUCCAUGGUGAAACCCAUUCCUAAAUCGACUAAUCCAAUCGCUCCUGCAGACUGCAGGCCCAUCCAUAUUCUGUGUUCCAUAUCUAAGGCACUGGAGAGAAUUGU